AUGGCGAGUAUUGAUGCUUGUUUAUCAGUUACACAAAAAAUACUCAAACAAAAAAAGACUUGCAGAAAAUUGUAUAGUAUUCAACAUCUAUUGUCUAAAAGAAACCAGUCAUCGUUAUCACAAAAUGACCCCGAAAAGUACGUGAAACCAGAUAUCGAUAUUACACUAUGCAAAUCCACAAAACUUAACGAUAACGUCACCAAUAUUUUAAAAAGUUGCACCCAAAUUAAGUUUGGUACUAUUUUCACUGACCACAUGCUCAAAAUACACUAUGACAAGCAUGCAGGUGGCUGGCAGAAACCAUAUAUCACACCCAUGGAACAUCUCAGCUUACAUCCUGCAGCCAAAGUUCUUCAUUAUGCCACUGAGGUAUUUGAAGGAAUGAAGGCAUAUAAAUCAGAACACGGUCACAUGAAUCUAUUCAGACCGGAACUAAACUUACAAAGGUUAAACUCAUCGGCUGAACGAGUAGGCCUACCACCGAUAGACUCUGGUAUAUUACUCAGAGGUAUUGAACGCUUGGUGUCUAUCGACAACGAGUGGUUACCUGCGUCUGCGCCUCUCAGUUUAUACAUUAGACCUAACCUCAUAGGCACAGAAGGCACACUUGGAGUAGCACAAACAAAUACAGCUCUACUCUACGUAAUAAUGUGCCCAGUGGGAUCAUAUUUCUCUGAAAAAUUCAAGUCUGUCCGACUGAUGGCCGACCCCAAAUUCGCCAGAGCUUGGCCAGGUGGCUGUGGUCACUUUAAAAUAGGUGCAAACUACGCCACCACAUUAUACCCUCAGGAAAUAGCUUCAAAAUUAGGUUGUCACCAAAUGCUGUGGUUAUAUGGUGAAGACCGACAAAUCACAGAAGUUGGUGCGAUGAACGUGUUUAUUUUUUACGAAAAUCAAAAUGGAGAAAAAGUAUUAGCCACACCAGCAUUAAACGGUAUGAUAUUGCCAGGCAUCACCAGGCAGUCAAUAUUGGAGUUGACUAGAGAUUGGGACGAAUUUCGUGUUGAAGAGAGAAUCUUCACAAUGGAUGAAUUAGUUGAACUCAAUAAGAAUAACAAAAUACUUGAGUUUUUUGGAACCGGUACAGCAGCAGUCAUUAGCCCGGUGUCUUCCAUAUUAUACGAAGACAGAAACAUAGAGUUACCAACAAUGGAACAAUCGAAUCCGUUGUACGCAAGGCUCUUUAAAACUAUUACUGACAUACAUUACGGCCGGGUAGCGCAUCCUUGGACCAGAGUAGUGGACGAAAGACCACAUUUGUACGAAUCUCAGAACUAUAAAUAUGCCAACUAG